AUGGCUCCAAGCUUCAUAUUUGAGCCUCCUAGCGACGAAGAAGUUGAACUAUCUGAAGCAGAAGAACAAGAAGAGGAAGGAGCAGAAGUAGAAGGCGAAGAAGAAGGAGAAGAAGAGAAGCCAUCAAAACGGCGGAAGAAGCAGUCGCCAUGGGACUUCGCUUCUUACUCCGAAUCCGUUGCUGAAGAACACGCUCGUCGAAGCACCACUUCCAUCGAUGACAAAAUCUCCAGAGCUCGCCAACAACUCUCCACUCCUAUACCAGACCACACCGACGAUGCUAGUUCGUCGGAUUCUGAACCGGAUAAACAAGAAGAUUAUAGGAUGGAAGAUGAUGACGAUGACGUGGAUACUAAUGUAGACGAAAGCAAGUCAUUUUUUGCGCCGUCAGAAGGAACUUCGUUCCAUGCCAAUUCGUUUAUGGAGCUUAAUCUGUCUCGCCCGUUGCUUCGAGCUUGUGAGGCUUUAGGUUAUACUAAGCCUACUCCAAUUCAGGCGGCUUGUAUACCUUUGGCACUCACCGGGCGUGAUAUUUGCGGGAGUGCUAUUACUGGUUCAGGGAAGACAGCAGCUUUUGCAUUACCUACUUUGGAGAGAUUACUGUUCCGUCCAAAACGUAUUCUAGCAAUAAGAGUCCUUAUUCUUACUCCAACCAGAGAAUUGGCAGUUCAGGUUCACAGUAUGAUUGAGAAACUUGCUCAAUUUACGGAUAUUAGAUGUUGCUUGGUCGUUGGUGGGCUUUCUUUGAAGGUGCAAGAAUCUGCCUUGAGAUCAUUGCCGGAUAUUGUUGUAGCUACUCCAGGGCGCAUGAUAGAUCAUUUACGCAAUUCUAUGUCUGUUGAUUUGGAUGAUCUAGCAGUUUUAAUCCUUGAUGAAGCAGACCGCCUCCUGGAGCUUGGUUUUAGCACUGAAAUUCAAGAGCUGGUUCGAAUUUGUCCCAAAAGGAGGCAGACCAUGCUAUUUUCGGCUACUAUGACUGAAGAAGUUGAUGAACUUAUAAAGCUUUCUCUAACCAAACCACUGCGUCUCUCAGCUGAUCCUACUGCAAAACGACCAGCAACAUUGACCGAGGAGGUGCUUAGAGUACGCAGGAUGCGUGAGGUCAAUCAGGAGGCAGUACUCCUCACAUUGUGCUCAAAAACUUUUAAAUCCAGAGUGAUUGUCUUCAGUGGAACCAAGCAAGCUGCACAUAGGUUGAAGAUUUUGUUUGGAUUAGCAGGUUUUAAAGCUGCUGAGCUUCAUGGAAAUCUUACACAGGCCCAGCGUCUUGAUGCUUUGGAACUUUUCAGGAAGCAGGAAGUCGACUUUUUGAUUGCAACUGAUGUAGCUGCUCGAGGACUUGAUAUUAUUGGUGUUCAGACAGUUAUUAACUAUGCAUGUCCCCGUGACCUCACUAGUUACAUUCAUAGAGUGGGUCGUACUGCAAGAGCUGGUAGAGAAGGGUAUGCAGUUACAUUUGUGACAGAUAACGAUCGAUCCCUUCUGAAAGCCAUUGCAAAGAGAGCUGGUUCGAAGUUGAAGAGCCGUAUUGUUGCAGAGCAAUCAAUUAUUAAGUGGUCUCAAAUAAUUGAGAAAAUGGAAAAUCAAGUGGCUGAUGUUCUUCAAGAAGAGAGGGAAGAGAGAGCUCUAAGAAAAGCUGAAAUGGAAGCAACCAAGGCAGAAAAUAUGAUUGCACAUAGGGAUGAAAUCUUUUCACGUCCCAAAAGGACCUGGUUUGUAACAGAGAGAGAGAAAAUGCUGGCAGCAAAAGCAGCAAAGCAAUUAUCUGUUGAAAAAGGAAAUGGUUCUGGAAAUGAGGUGAUGAGUGCCCAACAAGCCGAAGAUCUUAAAAUGAAGGAAAAGAGGAAGCGAGAGCGUGAGAAAAAUCUACCCCGCAAAAAGCGUCGAAAAUUACAAGCAGCCAGAGAGAUGCUAGAGGAUGAAGAUCUAACCGAGAGACCAGCGGGCAGUGGAAAAAAUAACAAAGAAAAGACUGGAAUGUCACUGGUUGAUCUGGGUUACCGGCGGGCAAAAGCAGCAAAGGCUGUGAAGAAGGCAGUGGAUGCUGGAAGGAUUGUGCAGAAGAAGGCUAGUAAGAAAUCAAAGCAGCCUUCUGAAAGAACUCAAUCAAGGACAGAAGAAAUGCGGGAGUUAUUCCAGAGUGACAUGAGUGAGAGAAAGCAGAAGAGAAGUAGUGGAACAGGAAACAGGAAGUCCAAGAAUUCAUUUAAGAGCAAAUCACGAAUCAAAGCUACAGGAGACGUAUCUCUAUCAACAAAGGCUAAUAAGUAUAAGCGCAGGUUUCAUACUUCUGCUCUGCCGAUUAGAGGAAGAGAGAAGCAGACACUAGCUGAUGAUGGUACGAAUGCAAAAGCGUCCUUGACGUCUUGGUGA